AUGGUUUUGAACUAUGACGUCCUCACGCGGCCAAACCAGCUGUUGGUAGACGGCCUCGUCCAGGAGAUUGCGAGCAAUUUGGGAAAGCCUUUGAUCGAGUGUGUCAACAAGGAGCAUUGUCCACGGCAACAAAACGCGGCUGGACAACGGCUCGCGGAGGCAGAGCUUGAUCCCCGUAAUUGGGGCCUCGGGAACCUGAAGCUACUCCUACAAAUGUCCGCGAUGAGUCGCAAUCCCAGCAAUUUCUACGACAGACUGGUGACCGAGGUUCGCCAGAGGCUCAGAAGGGAGGGCGACAAGACAAAAGAAUUCUGGCUGACAAAAUCCGACAUUGAAUCGGCCAUGAAGAAGUUGGCAAGAUAUCGUGGUCUCGAUUAUGUGGCAGCUAAGGGAAGACGGGGAAAUGUGCAUGUCGGCUCCUCCGCCUCAGAGAACCUAACCACAGCCUCGACAUUUGAAACAAGAGCAAGCAGCAAAGAUGGCUUCUUGCAACCGGACGGUAGAAGAAGACGGACAGCUACAGCUCGUCCAGCGGGAUACCUGGGACCAGGAAUGGAACAAUACGACAGCUACUUUAGUCAGAAUGCCCGAAAGAGAUGGCCCGAAGACACAGCAUCUCAACCACCAAGCAAGCUUGCACGAAGCAACGCUCAUGCGCCCCGUGCUGACUCGGCCCCCAUCGGUGGUCUUGCAAGAAGUGACCCAAUCCCUGUUUUGGUGUCCAAGGAAAACGGCUCUCCGCCAAAAUCCCAGUUUAUGAAGAACACAUCCGCUCUCGUGACCACUAAGCAAACAGCCCAAUCUCCAGACGUCUCUCACAUCCCAGAAGUAAAAAUGCUUAACGUCCCAAAAUCUCCAGAAACAGCCUCUUCUUCUAGCCUGGAGUCUAAAGCCUCACUGACUGACGUUUAUCUAACCACUUCAACUACCAAGCCUCAAAGUCUUAAUCGCCUCAAGUCUGACCUGGAAGCUGCAAAAGCAAGAGUGAACCGCCUUCUAGUCCAGCAGAAGAUCAAAGAGCGGGAUAAGGAGAGCACUCUAGAAUUCGACCUAAAGGUGACAGAGGCGAUCGAGAGUGUUAAACUUCUUGAACGAGCGAAGGUCAUUUUUAUUGAAGAUCAAAAGGAGCUUGCUCAGAUAAAGGAGGAAGAUACGCUAAUGAAGGAGGAACUCAAACUUGGGAUCAAGCAGGAGUCUAUGGUACAGGAACAGGACCACCAGGACUUAGAGGGCAGGGAAAUCUACACAAGACCAGGAGCAACCAGGGAUACCGCUGUUGAGCUGGAUUAA